GACACGACCGGGGACCGGGGAGGAGGAAACUCUGCGAAAUUCAUCUGAAUUGAGGAUAACCUGCAGGGCAUGGCCGGUGUGGUUUAGUUGGAGUUUCUCUUUCUUUUUUUUUUUUUCUUUUUUCUUCUGUUGUUGUUCGUGCGCCUGCAGCGGAGUGGAGCUCUCAGCGCGACUCCAGGCGGCUCUGAAGGAAACCAUAUCUGGUCAAAGUAUUCGUUGCUGUCACCCGGCGGGACUGUCCGGCUAUAAAUAGCGCCGGAGGAGGUCUCUCUCUCUCCCUGGAGCUCCACAGGCACUUGGCUGCCUUUGCUUUGAUUUCACCCCUGAGCUGGGGGCCAUUGAAAUAGAGAUUCGUUUUCUCAGACUCACAGGGUCUUGCAGGCUCCCAAUCUCUUACAUUUAGUUUUUCUCGUUUGGAGGGGUGAUUGAGGUGUGCUGUCCAUCAUGUCGGUGAUGAGGAAGGAGAUGGAGAAGUACAGGGACAUAGACGAGGACGAGCUGCUGAAGAAACUGUCAGAGGAGGAGCUGCAGCGAUUAGAGGAUGAACUGGAGGAGCUGGAUCCUGAUAAUGCAUUGUUGCCAGCUGGGAUGAGGCAGAAGGACCAGACCAAGAAAGCUCCGACGGGAUCGUUUCAGAGAGACAACCUGCUGGCCCAUCUGGAGAAACAGGCCAAGGAGCAUCCUGAGCAAGAAGACCUGGUGCCCUUCACAGGGGAGAAGAGAGGGAAAGCCUUUGUGCCUAAAAAGAGGGUGGACCCCAUCAUGGAGAAUGUGACUCUGGAGCCGGAGCUAGAAGAAGCCCUGGCUAGUGCAUCUGAUGCUGAACUCUGUGAUAUCGCAGCCAUCCUGGGUAUGCACACCCUGAUGAGUAACCAGCAGUACUACGAAGCCCUGGCCAGCAGCAACAUAGUCAACAAGCAGGGCCUCAACAGUGUGAUCCAGUGCACCCAGUACAAACCAGUCCCUGAUGAGGAGCCAAACUCCACUGACGUAGAAGAGACCCUGUUGAGAAUGCAGAGGAACGACCCUGACCUGGUGGAGGUCAACCUCAACAACAUCAAGAACAUCCCCAUUAAGACUCUGAAGGCCUACGCUGAGGCUCUGAUGAAGAACACCGUGGUGGAGAGGUUUAGUAUUGUAGGAACCAGGAGCAACGACCCCGUAGCGUUUGCCCUGGCAGAGAUGUUGAAGGUGAACACGACGCUGAAGAGCCUGAACGUUGAGUCCAAUUUCAUAACAGGGACAGGAAUCCUGUACCUCAUAAAGUCACUGCAGUACAACACUAUACUACAGGAGCUCAAGAUAGACAAUCAGAGUCAGCCGCUAGGCAACAAGGUGGAGAUGGAGAUAGCAAGCAUGCUGGAGAAAAACACCACGCUGUUGAAGUUUGGAUAUCAUUUCACCCAGCAGGGCCCGCGCCUCCGAGGCUCCAACGCCAUGAUGAACAACAACGACCUGGCUCGGGUCAUCAGGUCGGAGUCGGACGGGUCCUUCACCCUCACUUUGUCUGUUCCUGAGCUGGAAAGGGCCUUCGGGAAAAAGUUCAAGUCCAAGACUAAUAAGAAAGAGAAGGCUUGAGGGGGGUCCCAUCUUCCCUAAGUGUCGGACGAAUGUGUAGAGACCAGGAUUGCCCUCGUUACCCUUCGACCCCUACCAUCUUUACAAACCUCGACCUCUCCAGCCUCUCACCCUCCGACGGCCUACCCAGAAGACCACGGCCAUCACUUCAGGUUCAAUUGUUUCUGAACUCUUUCUACUUUCCAGACUCUUUUUUAGUAGAUAUUAAAGGAUCCAAUGGGAUUAAUCGGCUGUUUCCUUCUGAGGGAGAUGGUUUGCCUAUUUUUAUGCUCUGAAGUCUGUAUUUUUGACUUGGGUUUAAAUCGUGGGCAUUUGCUGUAGCUCUUUGUACGAACUAACCAGGGAAGGCUUUGUCAUUGUGAAUCCAUUAAUAUCUCCUAUAGUGUCUAGAGUCAUUACUUAAGGGGGCUGGAGGUCUGGUUUUGAAUGAGGGCCUACUGAAAGGUGACAGGACACUUUUAGAAAUCACUAUUGUUUCUAUUGAUGAGUUGAAUUAUGAAUUCUAAUUAUUAUUAAUAUUAAUAGGCUGUAAAUGAGUUGUGCUGCUGUUCCCAAACGCUCCUGGUUCAAGGUUAACAUACAAGGUAUUUUCUACCAAAUAUUCACCAAAGCCAAUGUCCCACUUCAAUUUAAUAGACCGAAAUAAAACUCUGAUAUUUGAUUUUGACCCCAUGGUGAAAAUCUGAUGUUGCAGCCUUUUUUUUAAAAUUCGAUCUAAACAGUAUUUUUGUGACUCAGUCUCCAUAUACUAAACUAUAUAGAUUCUCCAGGAAUGGGCAGAUAGAUUUAUAAACCUGGCUACUGUGAGAAUUGUCGCUAUAUACAGAAUAUAUUUAUUUGUGACAGACCUGGGAAAGAGUCAGAAGCCACUCAAACACUAAAUAUCAUAAAUUGAUUGUGCUGGGCAGCGUGAUAAUACAGUGUAAAAUGUUUCUGUAAAUUAAAAUGUACCCUCUAAUUACACUUUACAUUGUUAUACUAUCCAGCAUUUAUGUUAGCAGCCCCUGCAGAACAUUCCUGCUAGCUGGGAAUGAAAACUGCCAACUUGUAUUUACUGACAUUAGAAAUUCUAUGAACUCACUGUAUCAUAUCCUACGAACACCGUGUUUUAUAUAGAAGUUAUUGUCUACAAGCCGGACAAUAUUAACCCAAAGUAACAGCGAGUAUUUGAAUGGACUUCUGUCACACUUUCAACCAGGUCUGGUUUGUUGAUUGUUUGUGUUUAUUUUAUAUUUACUGGAGCUAAAAUGUGUGGUUUGAUACAAAAUAGUUUGGUACUGUUGACUUUCUGUCUAUUACAGGUACCACGUUAAAUCCUUAGUCCAGGUUUGGAUUAUUUCAGUGGAUGCAGAUUUACAAACACAGGAAACCUCUAAUUUCUUUACAGCUGUCAGAUUACACAAAUCCAUCCAAUGUGUUUAAAUAAAACAAAUGCUAACAGAAGUUUUAAAAUGCUUGUUAGCUGUUACGGGUUUUAAAAUAACCCAGGACAUCUGAACUAUUGUUUUAAGCUCUGAUGCUGGAUGGAUCCUUUCAGGAAAUGUUCUUCUUAUUUAGGGAAAAACAUGUCUGUGAAUACAUGUUUAUGUCCUUAUUAACAACUCCAACUACACAUGUACAUGCUGGUGAUGAUCUACUUUGCUGUGUAUUUUGCAGCACUUAAUUCAAAUUAACAGUACAAUGAGCUGCUGAUGUAACCAGAAACUACAGCUAAUAAAUCUGCUCCGGUAAGAAACACCUUAAAAUGGUCGACACUCUUGUUAUGUUUUAAUGGCUUGAAAUGAAAUGUGUCUGUUUUUUGUUUUUUUGUUUAAAAAAAUGGAUAAACUACAAGUUGCAGACUGGAAGGUGAAUCUGACCUGACUGUAUCGUCCAUGUUUCCUUGAUGUCAACAACUGUACCUGAUACUGACAGCAUGCUUAAAGGUUGGAUAACCCUUUUAAUGUUAUUUAAUAUCACUGCUUUGUUACUCCCUCGUCAGUGCUGUGGGUGGUGUUCACCAAAUGGUAAUUAUGGAUGUAAACAUUUGUAAAGCAAUAAGUAACUGAAUGACUAGAGGCAAAAGAGGUCACGCAAAGUCUUUGUGUGUCCAGUUCUUUUUCUUGUCUGGUGUUUAUCUGAUAUUUGGGCUUGACUCUGUUUUGUUAGAUAGGUCACCUUUUUGGGUUGAAUUUUUGUUUAAUAAAUGACUAAA